AUGGCCCCAAGCACCAGCCCACACAGCCUAACUACCUCCAAUCUCAUACUUCAUGAUAAAUUACUUGAAUACGAUCACCCCAACAUCACCAUCAUCUCAUGGAUCGACAAAGUUAUCCGAGAGGAGCGAAUCCACUGGUUUUACUCACACUUAUGCACGGCACUCUCGGAGUCACAAAAUGAGGAUUUAGACGCCGACAUGAUGCAGCUGGAUCAGAGAUUGACUGCUUUGACCAGCAAUGCGGAUAUGGAGGAGAUGAUGAUGAGCCUAAACCUAUUUGAGCAGCCCGAGGGCCUAUGCCUGGAGAGCCCUCUAGAGCGGUACCUGACCCCCGGGGGGUGUGAGAACCCUUCCGUUUUUGUGAGACCUGCGUUAGUGGAAAUGGGUGUGCAGUUUGGGGGCACGCACGGCUUAGACGAGCGGCUGAUUAAAGCGAAGGAGAAUGUGGAUUUCACGAAGGAGAAAAGGCGUCAAGCAGCCUCUGAGUAUGACGAAUAUUGUGAUUUGGGUAGCAUCCCCGACGACUACGAUAUCCUAGGCUGUGGGUCAGGGUUUGCGACGAACCUCAAUGUUGGCAAGGCUAUGAAUUUGUGA